AUGGAAAUCAAAACCUUCUCUGAAUUGGUAAAUAAAAGCAAAGUUGCUGAGGAUUGUGUUAGAAAGGCAGCAUCAGAUAAGGGUGAUCACCGAGCUUUUGUUAGGAGGGAUCAGUGGAGGAAUUUUGUGCCUAGUGGUCGGAACUUCAAGCGAGGUGGUUAUGUCCCACAACAACAUCAGGGUCAAAAUAAUUUUUGGAGAUUCAAUGAUAACAACAACUUGGGAAGAGGCAAAGGAAAGCAGGCUCAUAUUCCACAGAAUGACUUGACUUGUAGAAGAUGUGGGAAAUAUCACCAGAAUACUCCGUGCGAAGCAGGUUUGGGUGUAUGCUACUACUGUGGUGGAUCCGGACAUUUGUCCUGGAACUGUCUGAACAAGAAGAGGGAUGAUGUCGGGAGAGCACAGCAGCCAGGGCGAGUGUUCACCACUUCUGCAGCAGGUGCCGAGGGAUCUGAGACAUUGAUUAGAGGUAACUGUGAAUUAGCUGGUAAAGUUUUAAAUGCUUUAUUUGAUUCAGGAGCAACACAUUCGUUCAUUGCAUUUGAGAAAGCUAAUGAAUUAGGGUUGAAAAAGAAGGAUGGAAGUAUGUAG